AUGGAGCUGGGGGCGCAGGCAUACCAGCAGAAGAAGGCGGCAGUGGAGCAGGUGGGGUGGGGGCGAGGGGGUGGGGAAGAUCUGUCGCUCGGCCGCGGCCUCGCCCACGCCGCUGCGGAGGCCGCGGCGGCGGCGGCGAGCGCGGCGGACCCGCGGGCGGGGCGCGAACAGUUUGCGCGGCAGAUCUCGCAGUUUAGGCGGUCGCUGGAGGCGCGGCGAGCAGCGGACCCCGGGGCGCGGCUUGCGGAGGGGCGGCGGGAGGUGGCGGAGGAGAUGGCCAGGCAAGCGGCGGCGGCGGCGGCAGCGGCGGCAGCGGCGGCAGCGGCGGCAGCAGCGGAGGAGGAGGAGGAGGAGGAGGAGGAAGAGGAGACCUCUGUUGAGGUGGUUGAAAUAGAGGAGGAGAGCUCUUCAGUCGAGAUUGUGGAAGUAGAGGAGGAAAGCUCUGUUGAGGUGAUUGAAAGAGAGGAGGAGAGCGAAGAAGAGGAGGGUGAGCAGGAGGAGAGCCAGGAGGAGUUUGAAGAGGAGGAGGAGGAAGAGGAGGGCGAGGCACCGGCGCCGCUUGGUGGCAUCCAGCUCAUAGCACCACGGGGCGACUGGCAGCCGACAGAGGCGCAGCUGCGGCGGUUCCGCCAGGUCACGAAGCUGGGUGAUCAAGCCGAGGUGCUUCUUAUACCGAACAAAGGGACUGAGCUCAUACGCAAGCACUUCAAUACCCUGGCAGAGAAGCAGUGGCUGAAUGACGAGAUCAUCAAUGCAUACAUGAUUCUGCUGCAGGUGCGCGACACGGUGCUUCGGGAGGCGGGCGUGGGGGCGCCGCGCUGCCACUUUUUCAACACGUUCUUCAUGUCCAAGCUGCUGCAAUUGCUGAAACCUCCACCAAAACAAGGCACUUACUGCUAUGCAGAGGUGCAAGGGUGGACGAAGACGCCAAGGCUGCGCGCGGCGGGGCAGGCGUCUGCUGAGGAGGGCCUGCUGGGGCUGGAUUACAUCAUCGUCCCUGUCCACUACCAGAGUCACUGGACCUGCGCGGUAGUCGACCUGCGGCGCAAGGCCAUCGUGUUCCUGGACUCCCUGGACUACGGCAAUGCGCGCGCCCUCAUGGCCCUGCGGCGCUGGGUGGCGGACGAGGCCCGGGACAAGCUCAAACAGAAGUGGGACACCGCCCACUGGCGCGUGCUGACCCCGAAAGUCAAGCUGCAGCGGAACAGCUGCGACUGCGGCGUCUUCGCACUGCUGUUUGCCAACCGCGUCGCCCUCAACCGCGGGUUCGACUUCCGCCAGGACGACGUGACGCUGUGGGGCCGCGUCCGCGUGGCCAACGAGAUACUGGACCAAAAGAUAUACGAUCACGAGGUCGGGCCCUGGCCUUGA